CCGUCUCUUGCCCUGCGCUUCUCGGAACGGAGACUCCAGACGCGCAACGCGGAUGCAGACAGGGCGCACAGAGCGUCUGUCCCUCUGAUUUUCAUCUCACCGGGGAUCGUAUACCUUUCAUUCCGGGAGAAGCGGCAAGUUGAGUAGCCCUCACCGCAUCUCUCUGCAACUUGUCAAGGCAAAGGCAUUUGUUUCCGCCACCCAGUAACACAGCCCCUACGCUACUUGCACAUUUGAUCAUGAAUGGACAAAGCACUUGACUGUCAAAAUAUGCUGUUGCCUAUCUAAGUCGGAAAAGGAGCCACGGAGCGUGAAAGAGACUGAUGCUGGAUGGCGUGGUAAAGACAACCUGAAGGACCUGAGAGCCAUCAUUUGCACAGAGUGGCAGCAAGGUCAUCUGGCAAAGGAAUGGUUUGUCCUUUUCCUGCCUCUGAAUCACUGACUGAGUUGUCAUGAUGGACAAAGAAAUACCACAGGACCUUUGAAGAGUGAACUUCACACACCAAUGGAUUGUUCUUGAGGGAAAAGCCAUCGAAGAUCAAACAAAAUCACCAACAGUAAAACCAGUUGGCCUUUUCUCAGUUCAAGGAUUCUGCUGGACAACAGAAGAGUUUUCUUUGCAGAAAAGUUCAAUAGAGUCAUUUUUGGACAGUUUGGUACUGAACCACCUGAACCAUUGAAGAAAACGCACCAACCACCCAACGAUUGGAAUUGACAUGGCGGGAAGUGAAAUUGGAGGCACUGCAAGCAGUAAAAAACACAAAGUCAAGAAUGGAUGGAAACAGUCACUUUUCAGAGGCAUGCUCCUCAACGCCAUCGUAUCUCCAAUUCCCUCUAGUUUCUCCACUGAGCAGUGAGCCAGUCUAGUGAAGCCUGUUGUUUUCUGUUGCCUUCAAAAAGACAUUUUCCAAAGUCCAUUUUGGUACAUAAGGUUAUGUUAUGAGAAAAAAAUCUGAUAAGCUAUUAUUAAGUGGGGUAGAUACUGUAAUAGAAUCAUAAUGACUGACCAUGUUACAAUACAAACAAGUCUUCGGCAUGUGGUAGGAACCCAAUAUGCUCCAUGACCUGCCCUGUAUUCAGCCGAUAACUUUAGAGUGAUCCAUGAUCCCACGGAUUAACUUUCAAGUUCUCAUACAAAGGCACACGUUUACUCUGGUGGAGUUUUAUUUGGUAUAAAACUACAACCUGAAGACUCUUCGUGUCUGCAUGCAAUUUUCAUAUUACAUGUAGACCCAGGUUGGGUUUCUUUCUUUUUUUUUCUUUUCUUAAUUUUAAAAAAAUCAAAAUGGCUCCAUUAUGGACAGCAGGAGCUGGGACACUGUUGGCAGUGUUAAGCCUUCUUAGCUGCUGUAGUUUUGGCUGGUGUGAAACCUCAAGGACUAGUGGUUCGACCUCAGAAGGCAAUAGACAGGACCAAGGACCCUCAUCGCUUGAACGAGUCAAGAGAGGAUGGGUUUGGAACCAGUUCUUUGUGGUGGAGGAGUACACAGGCACAGAGCCGCUAUACGUAGGAAAGAUUCAUACAGACUCAGAUGAAGGUGAGGGCAACAUCAAGUACACUAUCUCUGGAGAAGGGGCGGGCUCUAUCUUCAUCAUCGAUGAGCUAACAGGAGACAUCCAUGCCACGGAGAGACUGGACCGUGAAGAGAAAGCUUUUUACACACUGGGGGCCCAGGCCCGGGACCGGCUCACCAAUAACCCUCUGGAACCAGAGUCAGAGUUUGUCAUCAAGGUCCAGGACAUCAACGACAGUGAGCCCAAGUUCUUGGAGGGUCCCUAUAUCGGCAGUGUGGCGGAGCUGUCACCCAUAGGAACGUCUGUUAUGAAGGUUACUGCAUCAGAUGCUGACGACCCUACAUAUGGUAGCAGUGCCAGAGUGGUGUACAGCGUUCUGGAUGGAGAAAAGUUUUUCACCGUAGACAGAAACACAGGGAUCAUCAUGACAGCAGUGGCAGAUCUGGACCGUGAGACACAGGAUCGUUAUGAGUUGGUCGUCAAGGCAACAGACAUGGCAGGACAAAUGGGCGGUCUCUCCGGCUCCACCACGGUGACCAUAGUGAUCACAGACGUUAAUGACAACCCACCACGCUUCCCACAGAAGAUGUACCAGUUUUCAGUGUCAGAGGGGGCGGCUGUCGGGACACCAGUUGGAUCUGUCAUUGCCACAGAUAACGACAUGGGAGAGAACACAGAUAUGAGCUACUUGAUCACAGAUGGAGGGGAGCUCUUCAAGGUCACUACUGAUGUAAAUACACAGGAAGCCGUUGUCUCCAUCAAAAAGCCGCUGGACCAUGAGACCAAGUACAUGCACAAUGUCGUGGUGGAGGCAGUAAACAAGCAUGUAGACCCUCGCUUCGUGGACCUGGGCUCCUUCCGCGACCAGACCAUUGUCCAAGUCACCGUGUUGAACAUUGAUGAGCCACCACUCUUUCAACCAGCAGAAGGCACUAUAAUGGAAGUACAGGAGGAUGCCAAAGUAGGAGCACUGGUUGGCAUCGUCACUGCCAGGGAUCCAGAUGAAGAGAAUAAACCUGUCAGGUUCUCCAUCGAGCGGACCACAGACCAGGAGAUGAUCUUCCAUAUUGAUCCUGAUUCUGGUGCCAUCACACUGGGCAAGAUUUUGGACAGAGAGACCGCAGGCUGGCACAAUAUCACUGUGAAGGCAGUAGAAGCAGAUAACCACACCAUGGCAUCCCACUCAGCAGUGAGUAUUCGGAUUCUGGAUGUAAAUGACAAUCCUCCUGAACUGGCCACACCAUACGAAGCCUCUAUAUGUGAAGAUGCCAAGCCAGGCCAGCUAAUUCACACCAUCAGUGUGGUGGAUAGAGACGAGCCACAAUCUGGACAUCACUUCUACUUCACCCUGGCUCCUGACGCCUCCAGCAAUCGACACUUUACCCUGUGGGAUGUCAAAGACACCACUGCUGGCAUCCGGACCCAGCGGUCAGGCUUUAACCGCCAUGAGCAGAAUGUGUACUUCCUGCCCAUCCUAGUGGUUGACAGCGGGCCUCCCUCCCUCAGCUCCACAGGGACCCUGACCAUUCAUGUCUGUGGCUGCGACACAGAGGGAGCCAUCCAGUCCUGCAAUGCCACAGCCUAUGUAAUGAGUGCUGCUCUCAGCCCUGGAGCUCUUAUAGCACUACUGGUCUGCAUGCUCAUCCUCAUAGUUCUUGUCUUGCUCAUCCUGACCCUCAAACGCCACAGGAAGGGCCAGAGGAUGACAGAGGACGAGGAGGACAUGAGGGAUAACGUCAUCAAGUACAAUGAUGAGGGCGGAGGGGAGCAGGACACUCAGGCGUAUGACAUGAGUGCUUUGAGGAACCUCUAUGACUUCCCAGAGGCCAAGAGCUGUGACUCUGGCCCUGACAUCCGCUCACUGCCACAGUGGAUACAAGCUAACCGGGUAGGUGGCGGUGGAGAGGGAGCUGCAGCAGCAGCAGGGGCAGACUUCUCCCUAUUCAAAGGCUACAUCCGAAAGAAGGUGGAGCAGGCCGAUGCUGACCUUUCGGUGCCACCAUAUGACUCGUUCCAGACGUACGCCUUUGAGGGCACCAGUUCACCAGCUCUUUCACUCAGCUCCAUCCACACGCUGUCCACCACCUCCGAACAGGAUUUCUCCUACCUCAGCGACUGGGGACCACGUUUCAGGCAACUGGCAGGCUACUAUGCUCCAGGAAACCCUGAGGAGGAAGGGUCCUAGCACAGUGUCUCCUUUGUAGAGAGACGUUCAAACUCCCCUCUGUCCUCUUCUUCCUCCAUCUUCUCUUCCUCCUCUUCUCACACUCUGGCACUCUAUUGGGAUCAUCAGAGCCAGCACUGUGUACUCCUUAAAGACAGAGCAACACCUCUUUAUCUCUUGAAAGAAAAAUCCCAGAGUCAAACUUUGAACUCAAGUUUUUUACUUACUUGUGUUUGGUUUUUGAGUUUUCAGACUUUAGCAUGAAAGCUCUGGCAAUGAUGAAAGAGGAAAGAAAGAGAGAUGUCAAGUCCCCAAAAAUGCUAUUUAGAUACGUCUGAAGGGAAGAUUUUAUCUUCCAACUCAUAACUGAGAACCUUUAUUUUAAGCUAUGAUACUGUUUACAGAGUUCAGAAUAUCAGCAUUACAUAAGUAGAGUUUAAUCAUGCCAAGGUAAACUGUCUGGAAAACCAGUAUUUAUUUAAGGAAGAAAUAUUUAUGUAUUUAUUUGUUUUUAUGUAUUUAUUUAUUUAUUUACACCAUUAUCACUAUCUUAACUACAACAGUGAACUCUGCUGAAGUGCUAAAAAAAGUGAGGGGAGGAGGACAUUAUAAAUGACAUGACAUGGAAGAAAGAAGGACUCCGUGGACUCUACACAAUACUGGCACAGAGGUGACAUCUGGGUCAUUUAAAAUUACAUUCUGGAAAAUAUUUGUAUUUAUUUUCUAUGACCACUUUUGUAAAAUAACCAACUUAAGACCAAUAGAUGAAAAGCAAAAGUAAACAGAAUGAGGGAACAGAUGGAGCGAAAGAACUGGAGAAGAGAAGAGCUGCCAGUUCAGUCUGAACGGUUGACACUGACAUACUUUUCCUGUAUUUUAGUGAUUUAUAAAGGAGGUUUUUGGAGGUCACAAACCAAGGACAAUUGUGUGUUAACAAUUUCUUUUCUUAUCCUCUCCACAGCCAAUUGUAAGGCAAUAAGGCACAAACCGCAACAGUGAUUUAAGGCUAAACAAAAUGACUGUUUCAUGGAAUUGACUGGUGGCCAACUUUGUCCCACUGGGAGCCGAUUUUUAUUCCAGAUUUGUGUGUGAAUGUGUACAAUAUGUUCAAUUCAUUUUAUAUCCUGAAAAAUUUGUUUUGCUUUUGAUAUUUUGUUUCCUUUGGGGAGGGGGGAACUAGUGACAACAAGAUGGUUGUGUCUGAUAAAGUGGGAGAGGUUUAAGGGUAACACGUGAUGAAUGGACUGGUCCCAUCCACCUGAUAUCCACAACCUAUUCAAUGUUGACCUUAAC